GUUACUUCCUUAGAUCACAAUAUACACCGCGCGGUUUCUGGGUUCUUUUCUCUAUCUGGCAUCGGUGAAGUACAAGACUGGGCGCACAAGGGGAAAUAUACUAUGCAUAUUAUUCUCUUUUGCCUUUCCUUUUGUCUUGGCAAUGGUUUUUGACCUGGCACGUCCUUUGAAAGGUUUUUUAGAAAUGAAAACAGGUGUCGGAUGGCGCCUUUACCUUUUCUUGCUCCCACUACUCUUCUUCCUUCCUUAUCUGUUAUCGGUUCUUGAAUUGCACAGAAACUCCAUUAUAGAAGAUCUGCCCAAGAAAAAUAGAAAGAAGUUUGAUCAUCUGGUUCUUGGGCCUGCUGCCGGUCAAGGGUUGCCUAACCGUUUGCAAUGCCAAGGCAUCAAAGCUCUCAACAAGACCCAUUUUUCAGCCCCUUCUCAUGUCUCCAGUGUUGAAGAUAGAAUUUCUUUUGUCACUGUUUUCACAAUUUAUAACACCUCACUUGAAACUAAUGUGGAUGGUAGAGCAUCAAACUUGGUUACCAUUGGAAAUGCUUCUUAUAGUAAGACAGAAAGGUCAAUGGCCAUAUUGGAAGUGUUAAUUAACUUCAUUCAAGUGACAAUGGCCCCAAGUGAUGUAAUCAUUCUAACUGAUCCUGCUUCAGAUCUCUCAGUGCACAGAAAAGGGAUCACCAUAUAUCCAAUAGAGGGUGAAUAUUCUCGAGACAAGUUGAUGCUUCAAAGAAUCAGGUCUUACACUACAUUUCUUGAAAGAAAGCUUCAGGAGCAUUCUCAGGGGCAGAGGCUUAUAAAUCAUUACAUCUUCACUGACUCAGAUAUAGCUGUGGUUGAUGACUUGGGUCAUAUAUUUCAAAACCACCAAAACUUUCAUCUGGCACUAACUUUCAGGAAUAACAAGGAUCAACCUCUGAAUUCUGGAUUUAUAGCUGUCAGAGGCACCCCUGAUGGGAUUUUUAGGGCAAAGGUAUUUCUUCAGGAAGUAUUAAGCAUAUACAGUUCCAAAUACAUGAAUGCUUCCAGAAUGCUUGGUGAUCAGUUAGCUCUUGCUUGGGUUGUAAAGUCUCACCCCUCUUUUGAUACAAGGAGAUUCACCAAAGCACAGGCCUUUGUUGAGGAAAUCGGCGGUGCUUCAGUUCUAUUUUUACCUUGUGCUACAUUCAAUUGGACUCCACCUGAGGGUGCCGGCCAAUUUCACGGCAUGCCCUUGGAUGUUAAGGUUGUUCAUUUUAAGGGUUCAAGGAAACGCCUAAUGCUCGAGUCUUGGAACUUCUUAAGCUCAUCUUCUGACAUUUCAGAUAUGUUGUGUCUCAUCCUGGCAAGUGGAAGAACAAAAUAUGACUUUUGAAUAGAUAUCAU